CCGACCCCACUCCAAAACCAACCGUCUCAACAAGCAUCGCUUGCUCCAGAAAAUCAUUUCGAGCCUUUGAUCAUAUGACGAGAGGGUUAAGUGAAAUGAAUGUUUCCACUUUUGGUAAUUGAAUGGAUAGUGUCAUGGCCUGGUUUUUAUGAGAUAUAUUGAUUACAAGAUAUUUCCACAAUGGGGGUUGCUUGUUCUAGGAAAAGAGACCAACCGGCUGAUGUGGAUGAUUUCCAGAGAGGGGUUUCUGGAAGAUAUUGCAAGAGUGGAAGUUCCAAGUGGUUAGCAACAACUUUUACUAGGCCUGUUCUAGAAAAUCAAAGGGAAAAAAGGAAAUGUCCAUCACUUUUGGAAUUAUGCGCUUACAAAAUACGGGAGGACAUAGUUAAUUAUGGUUCAUUUUCUAUGCUUCCAAGAGAUCUAAGUCAACAGAUCUUUAAUGAACUGGUAAAUUCCCACUGUUUGACUGAUGUUUCUCUUGAAGCUUUUCGAGAUUGUGCUCUUCAGGACCUUCACCUGGGGGGCUACCCCGGUGUUAAUGACAAUUGGAUGGACGCUAUCUCUACACAAGGACCAUCCUUACUUUCGGUGGACCUCUCUGGUUCCGAUAUCUCUGAUCCUGGAUUGAUAUAUCUCAAAGACUGCAUGAACCUUCAAGAUUUAAAUUUAAAUUACUGUGACCAGAUUUCUGACCGUGGGCUAAAAAACAUCAGUGGUCUCUCAAACUUGAAGAGUCUCACAUUUCGGAGAAACAGUGCAAUCACUGCACAAGGAAUGAUUGCCUUAUCUGGCCUAGUAAACUUGUUGAAUCUGGAUCUAGAAAAGUGUCCUGGGAUUCAUGGGGGGCUUAUUCACAUAAAAGGCAUGACAAAGUUGGAAUCUCUUAGUAUUAAAUGGUGUAAUUGCAUAACAGAUGCUGAUAUGAAGCUUCUUUCAGGGUUUGCAAACUUGAAGAGCCUACAGAUUUCCUGCAGUAAGGUCACAGAUUUUGGCAUCACUUAUUUAAAAGGUCUACAAAGGCUUUCUGUUUUGAAUUUGGAGGGCUGUCCAGUUACAGCUUCAUGCUUUGAUUCUCUUUCAGCUCUUGCAUCUCUGUCAUAUUUGAAUCUCAGCAGAUGCAAUUUAUCGGAUGAUGGAUGUGAGAAGCUUUCAAACUUUGCUAAUCUGAAGGCAUUAAACUUGGGUUUCAAUGACAUCACUGAUGCAUGUUUGAUUCACCUGAAAGGUUUGACAACUUUGGAGAGCUUGAACUUGGAUUCAUGUAGAAUUGGUGAUGAUGGGUUGGUUCACUUGACAGGUCUUCAAAAUUUGAAAUGUUUGGAGUUGUCUGAUACUAAUGUUGGAAGCAAUGGCCUUCACCAUCUUUCUGGUUUGCAUAAGCUGGAGAGUAUAAACCUGUCAUUUACUGUUGUUACUGAUGGCGGAUUAAGAAAAUUGUCUGGACUUUCAUCACUUAAAUCUCUUAAUCUCGAUGCUUGUCAAAUCACAGAUGCUGGACUUGCAGCCCUUACAAGUUUGACUGGAUUAACUCAUCUUGAUCUUUUCGGAGCUCGUAUCACUGAUUCUGGGACAAACUACUUGCAAUAUUUCAAGAACUUGCGCUCCUUGGAGAUAUGCGGAGGACGAUUGACAGAUGCUGGUGUGAAGAAUAUUAAAGACCUUUCAUCCUUGUCGCUGCUAAAUCUUUCUCAGAACCAUAACCUAACAGAUAAAACAUUGGAGAUGAUAUCAGGGUUGACAGGAUUGGUCUCUCUGAAUGUUUCGAAUUCACGUGUCACGAGUGCUGGAUUGCGACAUUUAAAGCCACUGAAGAACUUAAGAUCUAUGAACUUGGAGUCUUGCAAGGUCACAGCAAAUGACAUGAGGAAGCUUCAGUCAGCGAGCCUCCCUAAUCUGGUAAACUUCCGCCCUGAGUAAUUCUUAUGAUGUGGCAUGGUUAUAUCAUAGUACUAAAUUGUGGUCGCGGGGUCGUGGUUGUUGUUGUUACGACAUGAUUUGUUUCCUAAAUAUAAUUAUAUUCCGAAAUUAUGGAUAUAAUUGUGGUGUCAUGGUGAUCUUAAAAAAACGUUACGAUGCAAUCGUUACUUUGUAUCGUUACUUUGUGUUGCAUCCGUAAUUUAGUACUACGCGAUAUAUAUCGUAGAUGACUUUUAUUAUAGAGAACACUGCUAUCUGUAAAUGAUAAAG